AUGUCAACCAAUUCCCUUUUCUCAUGUUCAUUUCGAUUAUUCACAACCAAAUUCCCACUUUCCAUCUUCAACAGAAACAACUCUACUUUCUUCAUUAAACCCACAAACACCCUUUUCUCUUCCAAACCCAUCACCUUCCAAAGACUCCCAACAAAACCAUCACCACUGUGGUCGUCGUCAUCAUCACCACCAUCCACUUCUUCCCUUCAACCCAUCGAAGAACUCCCUCCAAAGCUUCAAGAAAUUGUAAACCUCUUCCAAUCCGUACAAGAACCCAAAGCCAAAUACGAACAGCUUCUCUUCUACGGAAAAACCCUCAAACCCCUCGAACCCCAAUUUAAAACUAAAGAAAACAAAGUGGAAGGUUGUGUUUCUCAGGUUUGGGUCCGAGCCUACAUGGACAGUGACAAAAAUGUUGUCUAUGAAGCUGAUUCUGAUUCUGUUCUCACCAAAGGCCUUGCUGCUUUACUAGUUCAAGGCUUUUCAGGUCGACCCGUUAACGAAAUUAUCCGGGUCACACCCGAUUUUGUAAUGCUUCUUGGAUUGCAACAGAGUUUAACCCCUUCUAGAAAUAAUGGGUUUUUGAAUAUGCUCAAAUUAAUGCAGAAAAAAGCACUUUUGCUCUAUGUGGAAGCUGAGAAGGGUACUUCUGAAUUUAGCUCAAGUGGAAAUUCUGAUUUCAGAGAUGAUAGCCUUGAUGAGAAUUCAAGUGGUCCUUCUGUAACUCCAAGUUUAGGUGUUGAUUUUAGUUCUAAGGUUGAUGAGAAUGUUAAGUUGGAAGGGAGAGGGAAGAGGAUAAAGGAAAAGCUUGAAAAGGAACUUCAUCCUAUUGAGUUGGAAGUUGAAGACGUGUCUUAUCAACAUGCUGGACAUGCUGGUGUUAGAGGGAGCAAUGGUGAAACACAUUUCAAUGUUAAAGUUGUUUCUAAAGAGUUUCAAGGGAAGAGUUUGGUUAAGAGGCAUAGGCUUAUUUAUAACUUGCUUCAAGAUGAGCUGGAGUCUGGACUUCAUGCGUUGUCUAUUGUGGCCAAGACACCUUCUGAAGUCGGUGAAGGAUGA